GGCCAUCAGAGCUAGCGCGAGGUACGUCACCGCGCGCCGAACAAACUCAACCGCACGCCUCAUGCCGUUCCCCCAAGGCUGCUCCCUCGCCCACUCGGGUCCAGCGCAAGGUUCCGUCGCGCGCAGAACCCGGAUCCUCCUUUGCCCUAUCUUGCGCCUGCAUGACAGCCUUCGGUAUCAGGCAGCCGCGCGCAGGGAACCUCGCCCGGAGAGGCAGCGUGCAUGUCUACGGGUGACCGCCCCCACCCCCUUCACCCUGCCAAGUAUGCCAUGAAUGUCGGACGUUCCGGCGACCGACCGCCACGCAUCGCCCGCUUGCAGCGUUCGAGAGUGCAAGGGGCGGCGCGCUCCCCCCGCACUGUGGCCGGCUGCAGUAUGACACCCAUUUGUUCCCGCAGCAGUAUCAUGGCGCUGGCCUGCAUGAUCGCGAUGCUACUCUCUGCAGUAAGUAUGACGACAGAUUAAAAAACAAGGGUCUUGCCCG